UCCGAGCACCACACAAAGUCGAUGACCUGCGUCAAACGGGCGCCUUCACUUGGGCGUUCCCGCCGCGCAAAUGGCUUCCUUAAAUCUUUUACCUACACCUCUCUUACUCCCUCAAACCCGCGGAUACUCGCCCCCGCCCGUCGUGCCACACGCUAGCAUGCCAUGUUGAACUCGCUCAAGUCUACCCUCACCGAGACAGCGAACAGUAUCUCUGGCUUUGUCGGGGGAUUAUCCAAUGUCGCAGCUCCAGCAGCCCAGACUCAGACAAACGAUGCCGCCGAGCCUGACCGCACCCGCACACCUGCAACACCCCGCUCUCCUGCAACCACCUCUCGCCAUAGUCUCGGUGCAAUAGAUCUUAUCUCUCCCACGCGGCAGAAAGUCCAACCUUCAUCCCUCCGACACAAUCAUAUCACGAACCUACCCAUAUCCAACGGUGUUCGCAAUAGUGCCGCGGGCGUGGGAUCUACCUCUGGGAAGUCUAGUGGAUCCAAAGCUACACCCUUGCCGGACCCUCGAUUUCAUUUCGUGCAGAAGAACGGCAUGCCGAAGCCUGGUGCGAGCCACGCUCCACAGCCCAAAAACACCUUAAGCCAGCAAAUUUACCAUCCAACCAGUGGCGGCCACAAGACGUACGGCCACUCAAACCGCCAAGGCAGUUUCUCCCUGGGUUUCUUGGAUGACGAACAACUCGACAAUCGCCCUACCAAGAAACGAAGGACAGAUACUGAACCCUCAGAUGCGAUAAGUGUAUAUGACGAAGGCGAAAUCCAAGAGACAAGGCCCGAAGAUCAAACACCUCGACCUGUCUCUCGCCGCAGCGCUGGCAGCGGAUCCAUUAUCUUGUCAGGCGCAAAAGAUCCUCGGAGCGAGUUUGAUAGAGCAUAUUCCGUAGUCGGUUCUCGCCGCAAGAAAGCACGCAAUUCGACCAGCCACGGCAAUUCAGGAUUCAUCAACGGUGGAGCGCAGUCGGCAAUACUUAUUGAUGAUGACGAUGUACCUGAUGGUGGCGCAAACCCCAGGAAAUUACAGCUAUUGAAAUUUCAGCAAGGUGUCGAACGACCGAGAGCUGAGGAAAGCGGAUACCAAGCGCACGAAAUAACUUCGCGACAUUUUGCGCCCAAGAUGAAUCACUCUACCCUCCCUCCAGGCGCCCCGACGCAGAGGGUGGUCAGAAGAUCUAACAAUCUUCGCGACGGCUUCAGGGGAGGUUCCUUGUCUGAUACGUCUGCCCGUGAUCGCUGGCCAAUACGGUGGAUCAGAGCGCAUGAUUUCAGAGAAAGUCACGAGGAGCUCUUCUUAGAUUCGAGAGUCUUAAACGAGUAUCGCAUUACAGGCUCCGAUCGAAAUGACGUCAAAUACGAGCUCAGGUUCAAGGACGUCCGCAUCGCGCAAACGGAUGAUCAGUCGCGCAUUCGAUUGGUUGGUUCCACGAGCACCGCCAAUAAUGUUCAAUAUAUUGUGGAUCUGGAGUUCGAGGAAGGCAAGUCGUGGUGAAAACAGAGUAAGUGGAAACGAUUCUUCCAACCCAAUUAUCCCCGAAAUCCCGUCUAUCAUGCAUACAUAAUACGAGUCACACACGCUUCGACCUUACUUAAUACAAUUUCCGAGUUAUAUUAACUGCUACAAUAGGGAUUUCAUGAAGAAGAUCUUCGAAAAACCACUGGCUGCUACCUCACAAUCCCAGAAUACGGGGCAGUCACCUAGCGGGCAAAAUCAAGUGCAACAAGGAUCAAACGUUGCCAAUACGAAGCCCAGGCUAUCG